GCAGCACAGGACACACGGCUUCAUUCCACAAAGUCACACAUUCACUACCAUCCUUUAGCCAGGAGUGGUCGAAUGAUUCAACCAUUGAACAUUCAUUUGAAUGAUUGACGCAAAGAGUGAUGGCCUUCUCCGCACUGCAAUGCUUUUCCAACGUGGGCGGGGUUGUGACAGAAGUUUACGUUACUGGCAGAAUGGACGACCUUCGGAGAGGAGCCAUUCUUGUAGUCACCUGCAGCCUGCUGAGCUUGCUCCUCGGCUCCCUGCUCCUCCUGUACCUCCUCUUCAUGCGGGGCUACGAAGCGGUCGUAGCCUGCUGCAUGGCCGGCUGCUUCUGCACUCUGAUCAAUGUCGCUUUCUGCCUCUCUAGAAGAGUGCGAUGCAUGGGAAUACUGUUUGUCAUCUCCUGCUUCAUGAAGCAGAGUCGUAAGCUGCUUCUCAUGGCCGGCAUCAGUUUCGUCGUGCUCCGAAUCAUCCACAACACCAUGGAGAACCUCACUGGCUUGGCCAGGAGCAUGUUAUGCAACCUCAAGGCCAAGAGGUUGUCCGUCUCCUUGGCACCGCUGGACAACUACAUCAAAAUGCUGAGAUGGGUUCAUAAGAUAUUCAAGCAGGUAUUCGAGAUGGAUAACGGGUUGAUCCAGUUUGACGCUGACUUGAAGGUUUCCGCCAAGGCGGACAGCAAGAGAUUCAAGGAGAAGCUGGCAGAUGCCAGGCACAAUCUCAACCAGACGGUGACCAGGGCGCUGGCCGUGGUGCACACCAUGAGGUCGGUGAUGCACCAGUUGCUACCCGCCGUCAGCUUCCUCUUGCUCUUGUUCCUAAUCGCGCUGCACGUGAAAAAGUACCGCGACAGCGUGAGGUACAAGAACAAGUUCAUCAGCCCCAAAUUUGUGGCGUUUGACGCCAGGGAGAAGGCAGAGGGAAGGCCUCACGUGCUGCCUCUCACGCCACAGGAGGAGAGGAAGUAUAUUUGCAUCCCCGCCCUGCAUUUCACCAAGUCGGAGGGGCGAGCCAUGGUGAAGUAUGGCAUCCCAGUUUUUUCCCAUUUCGUGUUGUGGGUCUUGUUUUUGGGUAUCGAUGCGUUAAUGUACUGUUUUGUGAAGAUCAUAACCACACACUUGGCAGAGUUGGAGCCAAUUAAAGUGCCACUGAUAAUGAAAUACACAGAAAUCCAAACGCUUGUCGGUUUACGGACCAAUGAAGGGCAGCAAACGUAUGAUUUCUCGUACAACAUGACCUUGUUUGAGAAGGAGUGCCUUCCUCAGCCUAAGCUGCUGUUCUACAGCUCCAUCGCCCCGCUGGCUUUCAUUCUGCUCAUCCUGCUCAUCAUGGCCGCCAUGGCUUCCAAGCUCAUGCAGCUUCGGCUUCUUAUCUGCGAGCAAUUCUUCUCCGAAUCCUCAGAGGCGAGGGUGAAGUACCUUCAUGCAAAGAUCCUGAGGAAGAGACAUAAAACUAAGAGGAUCGAUGAUGACGUCACGUUGGGAUCGUUCAUUUUCAAGUUACAUUUCUGGUGUCCACUGAUCUUCGGGCCAAAGCCAAAUGGAUUGCAUAAGGAUUUUGUACUAAAUUGACUGAUAAGUUAUUUCAAAUAAUUAUAUUAUGUACAUAUUUAUAUUGACUUGUAAUGGUGUUUGUAGACUAUAAUAAUAAUUAUUGUUGAUGUUGUUGACAUCGUUGAAGUUGAAAGUACAAAAAAUGCAGGCCUAUUAAAAGUAUGAAAUAAUAUUAUCUGUUAUAUUUUCCACUUUAAAAUAGAAGCAAUAAGCUUCCCUACUGAAGUAUGACUCAAUACUCCUGAAUAUUUUUUUGUCAUAUUGUAGACAAGAUCAAACAAGGCAUUAAAGGAAAUGGAAAUAUCCAUUGUAUGUGAUCAUGAUUCAUUCAUGGAAAUUAGUACAAAGGUUAUUGUAAGACAGAUAUGUCUGUAAUGACAUGUUGUUGGGGCUUUAGUUGUGCCAUUAUACAGUAACUAGAUACUGGACUGGAAACACACUGUUUGCUUUCAACUGUUUUCUGACUGCAGCUGCUGUUGUGUCCGCCGUGUUCCAACACCACAAAAGGUAAUGGAUUGUAAAUAAUAUGCAGAAGUGAAAGAUCACGAUAUGCUAUCUGUAGCCAGAAGUGCGAGCCAGAAGUGUGAAUCUGCUCUACUUCUAAAGACAAGCCUUACCAACAACAAGCUACUAAAUGUUGAUAUUCAAUUUACCAUAAUUGAUCCAUACAUAUGAUCUACAGAUUGUAAAGCUAAAUCCACUCUGUUUGUCUCCUCACCAUGUUCAUUUUUUAUAUGUUUUAAUGAAAGCAGUUUUUGUUAACUUGCAGCGUUUUUUCUUGUCUGCGUUUGUUUCCUGCAUUUGAUCGGAGUUAGUAACAUCUCCCCAUAAUCACCAAGCACUCUGUACUGAGGGGCCGGUGCUCAGAGAGCUUUAUCAGUUAGCACCACACACAGAUAACUGUCUCGCUUACAUAAUACGAGACAGAUGUCCCUUUACAUGGGCUGUGAGCAGCUACUCUUCUGGCACUCCUUCGGAGUCCAAUAAUUACUGCCCUGUACAUCGAUGCUCAUCGAUCAUUCAACAGAUCUUGUAUGGAUACAGUUUGAUACUCGGAUAAGUCAGAAUACGAUUGAUCUUUUUGAUCAUUAUUUUCUCCACAUAAAAUGUAAUAAUCAGUAAAUAAAGAUUAAGCAAUGAUUUUAGACCA